AUGACCAUCCUCCGCUGCUCCCUUGGGUUCCUAACCACCCUCAACUCCCUGAUUAUCAUCAAUAUCCGUCUGCUCACCCCGGUUGCAACACUUUACCUGCAGCCCAGCAGGCCUAUCACCAUCACCACCCACUCCCAAAUCGGUCAAGCAGCCUCUAUCACAACCUGUCUACUCAUCCACCAACAAACCAGUCUACUGAAAACACCCCUCUUGACCGCAGCGAUCACCAAGACCAACCACUCGGCCACCAAAUCAAUUGGACCUCACCGCUCUCUCAAGAUAGAACAAUGGCUCACCACCCCUUUCUACAAAAUCCUACAUUUCAACCUCAACAGCGCAUGCCUGCUCAAACAACCCAUUCCAUCCACUUCCCAGCCGUCCCUCAGGCAAUUUUGGCACUCGAUACUCUCCAUCAGGUUCUGUCUAUUCGUCUCUGCCAGCCCACCCCUCAUCCCCGCACCCUUCUCACACCAAUCUUUGCAGAAAUUCACUCCAGAAUCCUUCAGCUGA